CGCCUAGCAGCCAAGCCUGAGGUUUGGAAUCAAGUCGACGGCCAUCUACCUGUCCAUGCGCUGCUGGGCCUAUAAUCUCUGCGCACCCGACACCCACCCGGAAAACACGAAACGGCGCCCACUCGCGCCGCCACAUGACCAACCACUGGUGCUGCCUGCCACACUUGGACCCGCCAUCGAGUAACCCGUCGUGCUCAACACCUCCCUCGGACUCGCAAGCCAUGUCUGAGUCGCCGGGGCAGCAGCAGCGGCACGGCAGCCACGACGACGACCACGAUGACGAGAAGCGCCCGUCCUUCAAGGCCUUUCUGAGGCAGUGCAAGGAUGUCGGCAGGAGCCUCAAGUUCGUCCCCGGCAGGAGGGGCGCCAAGGCCGUCGUCGGGAGCGCCGAGGACGGGUCUGCUGGUGUUGGCGGUGGAGGCGACCCGGCAGGCAACGUUGGGUUGACGAGACAGCAGCAGCUGGCAGAAGAAGACGCAUCCUCAGCCCUUGGGGCUAGGCGGCAGGCUCAGGCGCGGCGGGCGCAGGUCCGGCGGGCGCAGGUGCAGCACCGCAAGCGCAAGGCCGACUACACCAAGCAGCUCGAGACCGAGGUGGCGGACCGCCGCAACAUGAUCGCCGACCUCGACGCCGAGCGCGCCCUGCUCAGGGCCGAGAACGAGGCCGCUAGGGCGCUGCUGAUGGCGGCCGCCGCCUCCAUCCUACCCCCGCAGCAGCAGCAGGAGGUGGGCAUGGUGUCGCCCUCUUGCGGCGGCGGCGGCGGCGGCGGCGGCGGCAGCAGCAGCCAGCCCGUCUCGCACUUUGCCGACAUGGACGUCGACGACCUAGUCGUCUCGCUCGCCAUGGAUGAGGCCAUGGGCGCGCAGGCGUGGCGGGUCAGCCAGGCCCCGUCGUCGUCACCGCUUGCUGCCGCGUGCGGGCAGGGCGUGGGCAACGGCGGCGUGGAUGACGAGGACGAGGAGGGCGAGGACGUGCCGGGGUGCGGGCGACUCGGCGCAGCGCAGACGCAGCAGGCCAUCAAUUUCAUCCUCGCGUAA